UCCUUUCCCAGACUACACUGGGCGCGGCGCUGGCUGUUCGGCCACGUCCCCGGGCCACGUCGCUCCUUCAUCUCGCCAUUUUCGCCGCUUUCUUUAGGGGCAGCAGCUAAACCGCCGCCGCCGCGUCCCUUCCCGGUCCCGCCAGCAGCCGCCGCGCUCGCUCGCAGCCCGCCCCCGGCUUUGCUCGCUCCUGCCGCCGCCGCCAUGAACAUCUUCCGGCUGACCGGGGACCUGUCCCACCUGGCGGCCAUCAUCAUCCUGCUGCUGAAGAUCUGGAAGACCCGCUCCUGCGCCGGUAUUUCUGGGAAGAGCCAGCUUCUGUUUGCACUGGUCUUCACUACUCGUUACCUGGAUCUCUUCACUUCAUUUAUUUCACUGUAUAAUACAUCUAUGAAGCUUAUCUACAUUGCUUGUGCAUAUGCCACUGUGUACUUAAUCUACAUGAAGUUUAAGGCUACAUAUGAUGGAAACCACGACACAUUCCGAGUGGAGUUUCUGGUAGUCCCUGUUGGAGGGCUGUCGUUUCUAGUCAAUCAUGAUUUCUCUCCACUUGAGAUCUUGUGGACCUUCUCAAUCUACCUUGAGUCAGUUGCGAUCCUCCCACAACUCUUUAUGAUCAGCAAAACUGGGGAAGCUGAGACUAUCACUACUCAUUACCUUUUCUUCCUUGGUCUAUACCGUGCCUUGUAUCUGAUUAAUUGGAUUUGGCGCUACUAUUUUGAGGGUUUCUUUGACCUCAUAGCUGUUGUUGCUGGUGUGGUCCAGACUAUUCUCUAUUGUGACUUCUUCUAUUUGUACGUUACAAAAGUACUCAAGGGAAAGAAGCUCAGUUUGCCAGCGUAGGUGCCAAAGACCAUCGCCAGCAUCUGUCCUUCAGGGUGUUUGGACAGAAUUCUUAUCACAAAUAAAGGCAUAAGAUGCUUGAGGCAGAAAAUCAGAAACUCAACUUUUUUAUUGCAGAUAGUCAUCAGCGGCUCUGUAAGAACACAGAGGGAAGUAAACCAGCGGAUUUCUGUUUUAUGCAUCUUGCCUUAUCUUUUUUUUAUUACUAUGUACAAAGAUUUUUUUACAUAAAGAAACUUAAUGCUGUAUUAAUAAAUUCAGUGUGUAGUUUCAAUUGGAGUAGUUCCAAAAGUGAGGUUUUUUGUGAGGUUGUUUACAACCAAGAAUAAGUGCAAACUUUUUUAUUUUCAAGAAUUCUUUGAAAUUGCUAACUUUGUGUCUACAAUGAAAUUGUGCUACUUGGCAGUUGGUAGAUCAUAUAUUUUUCCUUCAAUUCCACUUGCAUUCCACUAUAUUUAUUUUUUGCCAAAAGAUGAAUUAUAUUUGUUAAUUGAAGUCUGAGACACGAACAUGGGAAGUGUGAAGUGUUACGUUCACUAUCUGUUACCAUCUGAUGCAGAAAUGACCCUUGGAAGUCACAGCUGUACCAAUUAAAGUUGACAAGGAUGAUUUGUCUUUUAGAUCUGUAUUUUUCAUUAUCAAAAAAAAAUUUUAAGUUGUGACUAGAGAGAAGAAUCUACUAUUGGGGCUAUCAAAGACACAUGCCCUCUACCCAUAUUUAAAUUUUAAUUGGAGGUCUGUUUUGAUGAGAAAAGAAUAUUCAGCCCCUACAUUUAAAUGGGCAGUGGUUCUUAAUUAUUUGGCUUGUGAUACAUAGUUCUGUUGUUCAUUUGGUGGGUUGGAUAGGAGGCAUAUUAAUUAUAUUGAAUAUAGAAUCCUCCUAAACUUUAUUAUUACACCUCCACAGAAUGGACUAUAAGUUGUUGAUCACAGUAAUCCAUAGGCAGUCCAUUUUAAAUGCUCUCCAUGUUUAUAAAAAGCAAAAACCAACAAGUAUUCCAAAAUGAAUACUUUUACAAGUAAUGUCCUUGCUCAGAUUCAUUCAGUAUCACUUUUGGGGGAUUAGUUAUGAUUUACAGUUGUGUUUUUAAAUUGACAGCACCAAUUAUCAUUCUUUAUAUUCUUUAAUGACUUUUUUUACUGAGCUGUUGCAUGAUAUAUCCUGUGUUACCAUCCAAAAUAAACAUUUUAUGAAACAUAGAAUAAUCUGUCUUUGUUUAUGAAUUAAAUUUUUGGAGCAUCCUGUUUAUAUGAGUUUAGUUUUUUUAAAUUUGCAACAAAAGCUCUCCUAUGGUGUGAACACUUAAAGUCCAUUUAAUUAUUAUACUUGCUUUUUCUAUUUUGUAAAAAUCCUAGAUUUGUUUCCUUCUGAUUUGCUGUUAUAUUUUGAUAUUGCUUCCUUUCGAUUUUUUCAAAAGUUGAUGUUAGGUUUUUAUGUGAUACACCAUCAAUAUAAAAGUGUUGAAUACUAACAGUACUUACUAUAAGAAGGACAUAGUCCUGCCUUCUGCACUAAAAUUAUUUAGGGGAAUGUGCUGAUUGGGUUUUACUUUUGUGUAGUGGCUCUUGUAGUGUCACUAAACUAGCAGGGCAACUACAUAGUUAGGAAUCUCAUUCCUUUUUGCUCCUCCAUGUUGUUUUUUUCUGUUCCCUUUUCCCGAUGCUUUCCCCUUUUGUAUACCAGUUCCUCUUUUCGCUGCUUUCCAGCUUUUUUUUUUCCUCUUGUUUUAUUUCCAUCUUCCUUGGACUGAUUCUGAGAGGAUAGGAAAAAAAUGGAAGAAUAUGAUAUAUAUUUGACAAAAUGUCCAUAGCUAUGAAAGAAUGCAUCUAUUUUCUGUAGUGUAAGUCAAAAAAGAAAUGGAAAUAAGCAAAAAUUAAAAGAUUUGAAACUUUGGUUAGUAAAUGAACUUAUUUUGAAAAUUAAAAUUCCCGUUUUGUGAUUCAUUAUAAUAGAAUGACUCCAUUUUAGUUACUGUUCCCAGGCUGAAAUAAAAUUAGCUUAAGUUGGAAUAACAUUUUACAAAUAAAUAUGUUUGGGUUGGGGUGAGAGCUGGGGAAGAAUUCUCAUUCACUUUGGAAAUUCAAUGCAUCUUCUGUGACAUAUCUUCUUAAGCACUAUGUUAAAAUCGCUACCUUGCCCUACUGAAUAAAGUUUAUCAGGUAAUGUGAUACUCUC